AUGGCCCGGGGUCGGGGCCUCGCGCUGCCCUCGCCGCCGCCGCCGCCGCCGCUGCUGCUGCUGCUGCCGCCGCUGCUCCUGCUCCUGGCGGCGGCGACCCGCCCCGCGGCCGCGCAGGGCAACUGCACGUGCGCCACCAACAAGAUGACGCUGUGCCGCGCCGACGGCCCCGGCGGCCGCUGCCGGUGCCACCUGCCGGGCUCGGACGCCCCGCUGGACUGCUCCACGCUCACCUCCAAGUGCCUGCUGCUCAAGGCGCGCGCGAGAGCCAAGAGCGGCCGCGCGCUCGUGCGGCCCGGCGAGCACGCGCUGCUGGACAACGACGGGCUGUACGACCCCGACUGCGACCGCGACGGCCGCUUCAAGGCGCGCCAGUGCAACCAGACGUCGGUGUGCUGGUGCGUGAACUCGGUGGGCGUGCGCCGCACCGACAAGGGCGACCGCAGCCUGCGCUGCGACGAGCUGGUGCGCACCCACCACAUCCUCCUGGACCUGCGCCACCGCCCGGCCGCGCGCGCCUUCAACCGCUCCGAGCUGGACGCCGAGCUGCGCCGGCUCUUCCGCGAGCGCUACCUGCUGCGCCCCAGGUUCGUGGCGGCCGUGCACUACGAGCGGCCGACCAUCCAGAUCGAGCUGCGCCAGAACGCGUCCGACAAGGCCCCCGGCGACGUGGACAUCGCGGACGCCGCCUACUACUUCGAGCGGGACGUCAAGGGCGAGUCGCUGUUCCCGGGCCGCGGCGGCCUGGACCUGCGCGUGCGCGGCGAGCCCCUGCAGGUGGAGCGCACGCUCAUCUACUACCUGGACGAGAAGCCCCCCCAGUUCUCCAUGAAGCGCCUCACGGCCGGCCUCGUCGCCGUCAUCGUGGUGGUCGUCGUGGCCCUCGUCGCGGGCGUGGCGGUCCUGGUCAUCACCAAUCGGAGGAAGGCGGGGAAGUACCGCAAGGUGGAGGUCAAAGAACUGGGGGAGCUGAGAAACGAACCGAGCUUGUAGGGCCCGGGGGGAGGGGCAGGUGGAGGCAAGGGGUGGAGGGUUUCAGCCGCCGGGGGGGGGGGGGGGCCCAGCCCCCGCUCCCCGAGGGGACCCGCCCCCGCCCGCCCGCGCGCGCGCGGACUCUUGGCCCAAAGGACACGUGGCUCUUCCCAAAUUCCCGCCGCGCCCCACCCCCACCCCCACCCACUUUAAUCCAUCCUGGGCUCAGGUCACCUGUCUUUCCCACGUGGGGCUUCAGGGGAAGCGUUUCUAGAAUUCCUUCCCUUUCGGUCCCCGACCAGAAACCCGACUGGAAGAGUUCAGGCAAGUUCGGCGCAGGCCUAGGUAUAAGAAUCACGUGUCUGUGUGACAGUCCAGCAUCGUCUGCCAUAGACGACGUCGAUGUCGAAAGCUUCCAGGCGCUUCUAUCAGGGAGGAGGAGGAGGAGGAGGAGGAGGAGGGCGGGGUGGGGGUGGGGGUGGGGAUGGGGUGGGAACAGCGCUUGCACUGUCUUGGCUUAAGUUAUUUUUGACCAGCUCCACUCCUAGCGUGCAUGGCCUUGCUGGUGAGAAAGGAGUUCGCCAGCCGAGCCCGUGCAGCGUAUGCCCAUUUGCUGUCGUUUGGGUCACCAACCACGCAUGCUUGGUCACCGGGAAAGAAGCCUGUUUCAGCUGCCUCAACACAUUUGGGAUGUCUCUGUUUGAGGGUGGACUCUCCCCUACAAACUCAGCGUCUGUUCUUCAGCCUGCCCUUAUUAUUAAAGCAGAUGUUAGUAAUGUUUCUUUUGUAAAAUGUUUGUACAUAUUUUGUCUUUGAUAAUGCUGCUGUGAUUUUUUUUUUUUUUAAAAACAACAACAUGAAUUUAAUAAAAUACGGAAAAGGCACAGACCAAAA